ACAUCCGUUUUUGUUUACUUCUAACGAUUUUCGUGAAAUUUCUUGUAGUGAAAUGGUCGUUUUUAUCAAGAUUUUCAACCAACAAUGGAGUGUUUUAAGUUUUGAUGAACAACAGGAAUGUUCUGGAUAUGAUAUAAAGCAGCGAAUAUACCAAACAAAGGGAAUUCCUGAGGAUAACAUCUAUCUUACAUACAAUGGUUACCUCAUGGGGAACCAGUCAAAAUUCAGUCUAAAUCAGGAGGAUGUAUUUGUCCAAUGUCACUUUAAACUUCCCGGGGGCAAGGGUGGCUUUGGUUCGAUGCUUCGUGCAAUUGGUGCACAAAUUGAGAAAACGACCAAUCGGGAGGCUUGCCGAGAUUUGAGUGGCAGACGGAUGAGAGAUGUUAACGAUGAGAAAAAGAUUGCUGAUUGGCUGUCAAAACAAUCUGAGAGAGAUCAAGAAAAGGCAAGACGGAAACAAGAACGGCUUGAAAGACUCAAAACUGCUCCAAAACAUGUUUUUGAAGAUAGCACAGCGUACGCCAGUCAGAUACAAGAAAAUAUGGAUAGCAUUGAUGAUGCCUUGCAGAAAGGUUUAAAAUCCAGCACAAGUGGUCAGUCAAGUUCUAGUUUUGGAAAACGAAAGUUUGAUGAUAAGAAAAACAAAAAAGGACACAAAAAACGAAAGCUUUGGGUCAAUAUUGACGAGGACUUGAGCAGCGACAGCGAGGAAGAAACAGACGCAAGAUCAUCUUGUUCAUCAAUGGCUGAUAGCGACUUCAGUAUUUCUGAAAGUUCCGGGAAAUGCUCCAGCACAUCAACAACAACCGACAACCCCCCAUCCGGAAACAUCUCCGAAAACGAAUGCAAUAUCGACAAUCCCUCUCGUGAAAGCUCUCACGCUGACCUCACGAUCAAAAUCGUUGCUAACGAAACAAAUAAUAGUGAAAUAAUCGAACAGGAAAAACACUCAGCCCCGUCCAUUAACACACAAACCCUGACACAGUUAGCUACACCUAACAGUGAAAAUAAAACAGAAAGUUUCAGUACUAGAAACGAUAAACAAUUAAAUGAAUCCAAAGACAAAGUUGGAAUGAAAGAAAGUCUCCUGUCGAGUAAUUCAAUCAGUUCCACCGAUGAUACUGAAAAAAAGUGCGAAAAACCCAGCAGUGUGCAAGAAGAGACUUGUACUUCGGUGACCGUACCUUUAAAUUUGGACGAGUACAAUUCGAUACAGGAUCUGGAAUCGCUUGGUCUCGAUGUUCUCAAAUCAGCGUUGAUGUCGUUGGGUUUAAAAUGUGGCGGGACUUUGCAACAACGUGCUGAAAGACUGUUCUCCAUCAAAGGAAUACCUCGCGAAAAGAUCGACCCGUCGCUUUUUGCUAAACCGUCUGGAAAGAAAGAAAAGAAACGAUGAAAUUCAUAUCAAAAUAUGUGCAUGUAUACUGACGAGUGUUAAAAAUAUGGAAGCUUUUCAUUUGGUAUUGCUUUUUACUUGCAAAACUUCUUUUCGAACGUAUAACUAUAAGCAUUCUAAGAUUUUGUAAUUCAAAUAU